UUUGUUCGGCAUACACUGCCAUCUAUUCUGGUUUUAGUUCAUUAGUCCUUGAUCAGUUGGAUUGUUAAUGAGAAAUGGUGCAAUAAGUUUAAUUAAUUGUUUUCAGUAUUUGUCUGGCUAUGACUUAAUAAUGAAAAAUGUUUUUUGUACACCAUGUGUCAAGGACAUCGUAGAACUUUUAGUUGUCAAAAUUACAUUCACAUUGACGUCAAAUGUGGUAUUGUAGUUGAUGCCAUCGACCGUUUAGGUUGUCUCGUUUAGCCUUGUCUUGCUGAGAAGUCAAAGAACAGGACUGUGACCUACGAGACAGCCUGUCAAAUUUGUAAGGUGUUAAACGGGAGAAGGGCGUAUGCAAUUGUGAAUGAAUAGCAACAGACGUCAAAUAUGGCUUCGAAUUCCAUAGCAGCCCAUGUGUUAAUGAAGAAGGGCAAACGUGGGGCGGCAGCUUACGUGCAUGCAGAUUGUUCAAAUUCAACAUCUCCUCAACACCUUAAUGAACUUUUAGAUGUGUUGUUAAAUCCUGGAAAGACAAUAGAUGAAUGGGAGACUAUAGAUUGGUGCAAGUGGCUUAUAGCUGGAGGAAAGACACCUGAUGAGUUCUCAAGUAUAGUUCGAAGAUACGACAAUGCAACAACAUGUGGCUUGGUAUGGACUGCUAACUUUGUGGCAUAUCGAUGUCGUACAUGUGGAAUCUCUCCCUGUAUGUCAUUGUGUGCAGAAUGUUUUCAAAAUGGAAAUCAUGCGGGACAUGAUUUCAACAUGUUUCGAAGUCAAGCUGGUGGAGCAUGUGACUGUGGAGAUACUUCAGUCAUGAAAGAAACCGGGUUUUGUGACAGACAUGGUCCUAAGGCACAGGUGAAUAAACCACCAGCACCUAAUGAUUUGGUUUGUGUGGCAGAAGCUGAUGCUGACCAGUUCCUCACAAUGCUGCAUGACUUCAGUGCAAUGGGUGCCGUCAUGCGACGUGUGAUGACAGGUGCACUUACCAACCCACAGAUAUACAAGAAUUUGACUGAAUGUCCUGUAGCUGACUCAGAAUAUUCUAGUUACAUGGAAGAAAGCCAACGUGUUUAUCAGGAAGUUCUAAAAUCUUUGCCAAAUCCAGAACCUCCUGAUGAGUAUAAAGACUGCCCAUCUCUUCAAGAGCAUUUAGUACACCGCACUUUCCUUGAAGAGUUAGUAUUUUGGACUGUGAAAUUCGAAUUUCCUCAGAAGGUUGUAUGUUUAUUGUUAAAUAUGUUACCAGACCCUGAUUACAAGGAAGCUUUGACCCAAGCCUUUGUGUUACACUACUCACGAAUAUCACUCAUGUUAGAACGCUCAACAGAUCCGGAUACUUUAUCGAAUCGUGUAGUUCAUGUUAGUGUUCAGCUUUUUUCAAACGAAAGUCUUGCUUAUCGUAUGGCAGAGCGACUAAACUUGCUGCAUGUUAUGGUGAUCUCUCUCAAAUACAUGAUGAGCAAGAUUUUAAUCCAGAAUUCUUUACAUGAUCCAGAUAAGAAUUUUCAUUAUGUUGUUGAUUGUGGGCGUCAAGUAAUGAAAGAACAUUGCUAUUGGCCUCUUGUGUCAGACCUCAACAAUGUACUCUCUCAUAGACCAGUGGCAGUCAAGUUUAUGAGUGAUGAUAACUUGCUAGAGAUGUGGUUUAGUUUUCUAUCUUUGUUCCAAGGAAUGAAUGUGAACCAGAGAGAGCUGACUCAGCAUGUAGAAUUUGAACCCAAUACAUAUUAUGCUGCCUUUUCUGCGGAGUUGGAAGCUAGUGCAUAUCCCAUGUGGGCACUUGUCUCUCAUCUACGAGACAGUUCCACUGUGGAUUUAACGAAGAGUGUUCUGUCAAUGUGCUUAGCUGCUUUGCAAGAGUGGUUAGAAGCAGUAAAUUUUACUCAUCCAGGAACAAGUGAUGAAUUGCAAGUAUCGUUUCAUCUACCUCUUCAUCGCUACCUAUCUGUGUUUAUGUGCCAAGCAGUUCGCCAACAAGGUGUUCCCCUGCGUGAAGUUUUACCUCCACGUGAUCUUUUGGCACUCAUCAUGAUGCAUCCUCUCCGUGUUCAGCUAUUGGUUAUGGAGUUGAAUAGGCUGACAAUUACAAUACCGGAAACAUAUUCUGUUCAUAAUUGUACUAACCUUGGUGACAAGGUAAAUAUACUUGAAUUAGCAUGGGCAAGCCCUGAAGAGGUAACUAUCUCAGAUGCUCAAAUGGUAGAGCAACUGGACGAGUGGGUUUUAAAUUAUAUGGAGUUUAAAAAUGAAUUGUUUGCUGGGUGCUAUUCUUUCUUUUAUCAUUCAUUUCUGCCAUCUUUCUUCGAUCAUGAAAAACUAAUUGUUCAUUUCCUUGAGAAAGGUUUUAUCAUAGCUCGUCCAUUGUAUUUGCGCGGCUCUUCCAUUUUCGCAAGUCCUCCUUUGUCAGAUGUAUUGUCCGAAGAACAACCACAAAUGAGAGGAAGAAAUAUGAAAUAUAUUACAAUUGGUUAUAAUUAUAUUAUUCUCACAAAUAUCCCGCUUAGUGCGCUGAUUAAAUUAAAUUUGAAAUGUUGGUAUAAAUGUUUCGUUCCUUUCAUUAACCCUCUCUCUCACUGGGAACAUGUUUUGCGUUGGAAUACAUCAAGGAAUCAAACAAAGAUUGUGGCCUUCUACGAGAUCCUAAGCGGUAUGUGGGUGCGGAACGGGCUUCAAAUUAAGGGCCAAGCGAUGACUUACAUCCAGUGCAACUUCUGUAACUCCAUGGUAGAUGCCGACCUGUAUCUGCUCCAAGUAUGCGCCACACAGCUUCCGGCCGAAGCCUUCCUCUGUACGGUGAUGGACAAGUUCAACGUGCUGGAGUGGAUGAGCCUGGCGCCGUACGCGUCGACGCACGCGUCCUUCCUGGAGGGCGAGCACGACGCGCCCAUGCUGGAGAGCUGCCUCACCUUCCUCGCCACGCUCAUGAGCGUCCGCACCAACCUAGGUGUGAGCGAGGCGCCGCUGUCGCAGCUGGAGCUGGUCACGCUGCUGUGCAUGGGAGACAAGACGCACAGCCAGCUCAUCGAGCUCAUGCCCGAGCGCUGCAGCACGGCGCAGAGCCGCGACUUCGAGGCUGUGCUCGCGGAGGUAGCGGACUACCGUGCGCCCAACUUGGAGGCGAGUGGCAACAUGCAGCAGGGAAUGUACGUGCCGCGCCCGCAGGUGUGGGAGAAGCUGUACGACCCCAUCCACGUGCUGUUGCGAGCGGUUCACCGGCGCGACUUCCAAACGUCCAUGGACCGCUUCACGGAACAGGCGGGCAAGUUCCGCGGCAGCGGGGCGCCGUGGCCGCCCUUCCGCCCGCCCGCGCCCUGCCACCCGGCAUACGAGGACCCGCAGAAGCUGCUGCGCUCGCGCGUCUUCCACGCCGCCGCCUUCGUCGUCCUGCACCGCGCCGUCCACGGCCAGAGCGUCUCCGAGCACGUCAUGGCCCUCACCGUCUACCUGCUGGAGAUGGCCGUUGCGUCCGCCGAGCCGCUCGACCCGCAGUCCCAGGUGUGCCAGGCAUCCCACUCGGAAGAGACGGAAGUGACGGACAAGGACCUGAGCUCCUUCUACUCUUCCGAUUGGCUGUCUAGCAACUUGAGGAAGGUCAUCCACCGAGUGCGGAUCGAGCCCAAGCCUGCUGUGGUCUUCGACAGCUCGGACAGUACGUAUGUCUUCCCCUUGUUGAACAGUCAACAAAUUAUUUUUUCCUUCACAUUGCUCGAUUCGGGGGCUACCACAAUUUUCACGUGCUACUUCUUGAUAUUUUAUCUUGAAGUAAUUGGAGCAACAUUUGUUUACUUGGUUGUGACAAGUGAGAUCGAGUGGGAAGGCGCGGACCUCGGGGAGGCGGCGAGUAGCGGCCCCGUCCUCAUGCUGGAGCUCGGCGCGGGCGCCGGGGCCAGCGACGAGAGCGGCUCCUCGCGAGGCGUCGGCGACGCCGUGGCGCUAGUUCCGGGGACGGAGAUGGUGCCCAUGGAGUCGCCGUCGCCCAGCCCCCCGCCUUCUGCGCUGGCGGCGGCGUCGUCGUCAGAGGGCAACGACGUGGUGGCGGUGUGGGGGGAGAUGGUGGCGGUGGGUGCGCAGCCGCCGUCCACGCCUCCGCCGCCCGCGCCAUCGCUGACAGCGGGCGAUGGAGGCCCCUCGCGCCCCGGCACCGCCUCUGCCUCUUCGCCGCCGCUGCCCCACCCCACGGGCACCGAGAUGGUGCCCGCGGGUGCCGGCGCGGCGGCACCACCCCCGCACGUGCGCACGCCCGUGCGCGCGGGCCCCAGCGGCGCGCAGGCCAGCAUCGCGUGGGCGGGGCCGUCGGGCCAGUCCACUAGCACGGACGUGGUACCCGUCGCCACGCCCUACCCGCGCCUGGCGCGCGCGCGCCGCGCUGACGUCCUGCCCUCCACGUCUGCCGGCCGCAAGCCCGCGCUGCGCAAGCGGAAACAGGUCAUGCCUGGCAGCUCGGGCAGCCCCGACGCGCUCGAGGUGAACGAGAGCAUAAUCUCUCUGCUGCUGAAGCUGCACUCACACCUGGCCGGUACGCCCGACUCGUUCAACCCGGACGAGGCCGAGGCGGCGGCGACGGCGGAAGCGGCGGCGGAGGCGGCGGAGAGCCGCGUAGGCGACGGGCCCUUUUUCCUGGGCAAGCUGCUGCACCGCGUGUCGGCGCUGGACGCCUUCUGCCGCGAAGCCAUCCGCGAGGCACGCGACCGCCUGUGGCCGCGCAAGCCCGAGGAGGGCGAGGAGGAGGCGCGCGAGCGAGAGGCCCGCGAGCGCGAGGAACGCCGCCGACGCGCCAAAGAGCGUCAGCAAAAGCUCAUGGCAGAGUUCGCCUCCAAGCAGAAGGAGUUCAUGGAGCGCGCCAUGGAGACCGAUGAGGAGGCUUUGUCGGGAAUGGACUGGCGUGAAGAGGAAGGUGCUACUCUACUGGCCAGUAAACGAGACUAUGACUGUGUCAUAUGUAGUCAGACAACCCCUAGUACUGAAGAUAAACCUAUGGGAUUAGUGGUGCUAGUACAGGCAACAAGUGUUCUGGGUCACAAGAGACGAAGUAUGGACAGAGCUCCCUUACCUACAAGUGAUGAAGAGAGGGGAAAUUUAAGAAGAGAUGAUAGUUUGGCUAGUGAAUUUGACCGGCGUGUUGAGGAGCUUAACAUGCAGUUCGACAGCUUCUCUUGGCAGUUAUCUGUGAAUCUUGGUUGGGAGGGUGGUGUUCAUGUACAAACAUGUGGCCAUCAUCUUCACUUGGACUGUUUGCGUUCGUACCUGCAGUCGUUACGAUCUCAACAGCGUCAACAGAGCAUUGCUGUUGAUCGUGGCGAAUAUUGGUGUCCACUAUGCCGUCAACUUGCCAACUCGGUGCUGCCAUUGUCUCCUCAACUUGGAGAAUGUGCUGCUGUUGUGCGGUCACGACCUGCUGGCCUUCCUUCUAUUGUUACCGAGGUGUGUAACUUCUUGAAAGAAAACCCUCCUACUCCUAUGUCCUCCAGUCUCGUGGAAGCAAUGGCAAAAUCCAUGGAAGAUAUGACAAAUAGUACGUAUCACAAAUUUAAGCAGAAAUCUGCAUCUCCCACAUCCCAAAGCUUGUUCCUGUUCGUGAGCUCAAUUGCUCGCACCAACUUGGAAGUGGAGCUGGUGCAGCGAGGAGGCUCUCUGUGCCAAGCAGCUAGCACUGCCUCAGAGGGAAGUGGAGCAUUACCUGGCAGUGGUAGUCCCGGUGCAGAGGCUUCUGCGCUCCUUACUCCCAAACGCUCCUGCAUUGUUCCUCUUCUUCACGUUCUGGCGAUGCAUGCACGGCUGCUUGCCACGUGGCCUGCCUGGCAGACAUGGCAGAAGGUCGCAGGUGCUGGCCCUGAGCCCGACUGUGCUCCUCUGGCACUGGCACCCCUGGAGCGGCAGGUACCUCUGCUGCUUCAUGAUCCAGCAGCCCUUCUGACUCAGUUCAUUCUUCUGCUGCCAUUGCACUUAGAUCAAACCUACUUCUCAUGUGUAGUGAAGGUGCUUUACAAUCUUCUGUACUUCCAAGUAGUAGCUCAGUUGAGCUGUCACUUACCUGAAGCAGAACGUGCGAGGCGGCGAUCUUGUCCAGAACCGAUGCCUGGUGCUCGAUGGUCUCUUGAUGCAGCUGUUGCACUUGUUGUGCAAACGUUAGAACAUUCACAAUUGUAUUUGGAGGGCAGUACUGAAAGUUCAGCAUCAUCAGCUGGAGAUCUGGAAAUGCAGGUUCAGCAAUUGUGUUUGCCAUUCCUGCGAUUGGCUGCCCUUCUUCGACAUCAUUUAUACGAACAGCCUCUUCCUGAUGUUACAACACCUCAAUCUGAGUUUGUGCGACUUGUAUAUUAUCUGGAACUUGUCUCGGAAGGCAUGGACUGGCAACAUUUCAAUGCUGCUGUGGCUUUGAACUGGGCUUAUGGUGAAGCCGGAGCAGCGAGAGCAUGGUGUGAGGAAAUGGCUGCUUUUGCACACCGUUCACAGGUGUCAGCAAGGAACUUCCUGGCUGAGCAGCAUUUGCUGUGGCAGCAACCUAGGUUGCUUCGCUUGCCUGAGCUUUAUGAUCGUAUCUUUCAGUACUACCAUCGUCGGCAAUGUACACAAUGCCACUCAGUUCCACGUGAAACCAGUAUAUGUUUACUAUGUGGUGCAUUAGUAUGUUUACGUGAGAACUGCUGCAAGCAACAUAAUGUGUGUGAGGCUGUACAGCACUCCAUUGACUGCGGUGGUGGCACAGCCAUGUAUUUAGUGGUAACUUCAUCCUAUAUUCUUGUGAUUCGUGGCAAGCGAGCUUGUUUGUGGGGAUCAGUGUACCUGGAUAGUUUUGGUGAGGAAGACCGUGAGCUCAAACGGGGCAAGCCUUUGUACCUGUCUCCGGGCCGCUACCAACUGUUGGAACAGCAAUGGUUGGCUCAUCGAUUUGAUCAUACCUCGAAGAAGUGGGUGUGGCAUCGCGAUGAAAGUCUCGUGAUAUAUUACAAACUAAAUUACUCGUUCAUAACACUUUGUGUGGAGUAUGCUGAUCACAUAAGUACUAGAAAGUUGGGUGAAAAAGAAACCUUGACAUCACAAAUAUUGGCUUAUAUCAGAAAUUUAGAAAUAUACUUUGAAGGUACCUCACGGAAGAGGGUCUUAAUGUACUGGGUGUCAAUGGCAGCAUUGGAGAUAUUAAAGCUUUUGUCCGUAGUGCCAUCGAUGUUGACCUUAGAGAAAUUAGUGCUGGAAGUUUCCCCGAAGAAAUCGCUAAAGGAAAGCUGGAUUGUACCCGGGAAGAUAGUAGUACAGAUACAAAAAAUAAGGAAUAUAUCAGCUCCAAAAGCUAAUGAAAUGUCCCAGGCUGCUCCACGAAUGUUGAAGUUAUCUUUGUCAGAUGGACAAACAUGUUGCCAGGCCAUUGAAAUGGAGCACAUAUCGUCUAUUAGUUUGAACACUCCUCCUGGUACAAAACUUUUCCUGAAGACUGACUUGCCUAUGGCUCAUGGUAUCCUCUUACUACGACCUUCUUGUUUGGAAGUUCUUGGAGGAAAGGUGCCCCAUCUUGUAGAAAAGUGGGAACUUAAUCGGUCUCUUGCAAAACAUACUCGUGGUCGAAUUGGUGAGGAAGGUGGUCCUCCUCCUUGGAUACCAUUUGGUGAGAAAAUUUUAAGAAUCAAUUCUCAAGAUCGAAAUUUUAAGUCCUUAGAUAAUACUAAAGAUAAGGAAAACAGAGAUAAUACGGAAUUUGAAGCACAGAGGAAAGAUGCAAUAGCAGAAGCUGCCCGGGGAGGUGCAAAGAAAGUUUUUGGAGGAGGAAAUAAGCCUCUUCUGGACCAUAAUGUUCAACAGAUUGUGGAUCAUGGCUUUAGUGUUGAGCAGGCUGAAUAUGCUUUGCGCCUAUUUCGGAAUAGUGUUGAUCGAGCACUCAAAUCAUUACAGAAGAAGGAAGAUGGACCACGCAGAGAUGAUAGAGAACGCAAAGGGGAAAUACGAGCAAAGGAAGAACGUCCAGAGAGAAGAAAACGUGGAGUCAGAGAGGAGGAGACUGGUGCUCCUCCAAAGCCCUCUGGGAAAGUAACUUUGUUUGACUUCUUUGAAGACAAGCUGCCUGUCCAAAAUGAAAAGGAACCAGAUACUCGUAAUUUUGUCUCCAAUGGUGGAGUUAUCUCUGGUGUGGAUCGAAGGCUAACUACUGCUGAGCCACAUACACCACGAAGUGUAGUUAGCAAUAAAAGUAAUCGACCUGAACGAAUCACAUCACAUGCUCAGCAGCAGCAGCAACAUCAUCAUCAACCUCAUCAGCAGCAGCAAUCACGUCGAGGAGGACCUCGAGGAGGUAGCAACAGUGGGGGUGGCAGCAACAGUGGUGGCAGUAGCGGUCGUGGAGGUCGAGGAAAUCAAAGCAACAAUUCAUCCAAUACAUGGGGAGGUAUAGGUGAUGUUCGUGGAGGAGGAUCUGGCUCCAUGGGAUAUACCCAUCGUGAAGAAAGGGCUGACAGAGGCAGACACCCUGUGGGGCAGGGUGGAAAUCCUGGAAAUCAGGCCCAAACUCUUCCACCCCAGAAGCCUCCUCGCUUCCAAAAUCAGCAGCGGUUGCACCAGCAACAUCAGCAGCCACAACAUCAGCAGCACCAACAGCACCAACAGCAUCAGCAGCAUCAGCCGCAUCAGCCACACCAGCAACAUCCGCAACACAAUCUUCAGCAUCAACAUCAUCAGUCUCAAUCUCAACAACAACCGCCACCUCACCAUCAACAGCAGCAACAGCAACCUCCUCAACACCACCUGAAUCAGGAUAGUGGCUAUGGCCAACAAUCCUGGCUCAGUGCUUACAAUGAUUCCUAUAGUAAUGAUAAUUGGCCUAUUGGCAGCACUGUCAACAAUGGAAAACUGAGAGAUGAGUAUGUGAAUCCUGGCGAUAGUUACUUGUCAAAUUAUGAUGGUGGAAGGAAUGUUGCUCCAAGACAAGGUUUUACAGGGGGAUAUGACAUGGGGCUGGAGGGUCAGGUGAACCGUGGUUUGGGAAUGAAGAUGGACAGACUAGCAGGUGGACGGCAAUUUUCCUCUCAACAGGAUGCCUUGACUCAAAAACUCAGUUCCCUGCAGGUUCAGGGUGGACUGGGUAGGGAUGGUUUUGGUUAUUCAAGUCGUCCCCAAGGUCCAUCAAAUCAGCAGAAUCAAUUGUACAAUAUGAACUAUUCCUACAAGGACCCAUCACCCACUCCUACUCAGCCUCUAGGCAGCCCUCCUGGUCUAAGUUCCCCUCCAGGUUAUGGAGGGGGUGGUAGCGGUGGAGGUGUGUACAACACUCAGUCCAACCACUUUCUUCCGGAGCAGAAACCUUGGCAGUGGCAUGAAGGAGAUAAGUGCAUGGCAAAGUACUGGGAAGACAACAUGUACUACAAUGCUGAAGUAACUGGUGUGUCUGAACGUACUUGUGUAGUUCGAUUUGUUGAAUAUGGCAAUUUUGAAGAAGUACUUCAGGAUCAUUGUAUACCAUUUACUCAGGAUGAGCUGGGGCAGACCAUUCAGUCUUCCAGUGCCUUCAACAGCUCCUCUGAUACUCUGUCUGCACAGAAUAAUAAUCAGAACCAUUUCUCAGGAGUGCUAGAGUUCCGGCGUGGAGGAACACGUCCUUAUGUGAAAGGCGGCAGCAAUUCUGGUGCGUCAGGUCCUGGAGGAUCAGAGCGUAAGACCCCUCGUGCCCAGCAACAGAUGUAUGUGCCCCCAGCUCAGCGCAACUUUGCAGAGAAGCUAGAAAGUUCCUCCUGUCUUGGUGUAGGAAUUUCCCUGCUGUCAUGUAGAGGAAAGUUUUGUGAAAGAAGAAAAAUUGUUUAUAUUAUGUCUUUUAUUCCAAUAACAGUUCUAAUAUUGAAACUAAAAUUUUUACUAUAUUUAUUUUGUAAAAAGAAUUUUUUAUAA